UUUAAAGGUAAACAAGCCAUGCAUAUGGUAGAUUAGGAAUGAGGCAUCUAAGGAAUGCAAUUGAUUGGGCAAGGGCUGCCCACUCAAAAAUUUGUGUUAACUGGCUCAGCUCUGCUCAAACACAGGAGGAAUUUCUAAACUAAGAGGGUCAAAAGCAAAGCAUAGAUUUGGUCAAAGGAUGGCUACUAGUGCUGAUAGUGUUGCUAUUGAAAUGCAGCCUAAAGCUCUGGAUGAUGCCUCUAGUUCUAAAGACAGUCACAACAAUGAUGCUGUUUCAGAUAUUGAUGACAAGACGGUCAAUAGUUCUAAUUCACCACUUCAAAUUGCUUGCUUUGAUGGUCGUCAUAAAGAUGUUGACACAAUCUUAUCAUCAUGUCCUGGUGAACAAGACAAAAGGAAAAUGUUAGACGCAAUAGAUCAUGAUAAUGGGUAUACACCACUUCAUACUGCUUGUGAGAAAGAGCAUACUGAAGUUGUCAAAGUCCUAAUAAAGCAUGGAGCUAAUCCUGAUAUCUGUAGUCAUAAAGAUCCUCUUUACCAGCGUCUCAAAGAAGGAAGUGAAGAUAUUGAAAUUAUACUUGAUGACAGUGAUAAAUCUAAAGUAGAGUAUUACAAAAAUACAAAAGAUAUAAUUGAAUCUCUACUGGCUGACGAAGUUCCUGUUUAUAAUUUGAAGUGUAUUGAUCAAAGCAGCAAAAUUUCAUACAAUAUGAGUUCACAAUUUUUUGUUGGUUCCACUCCAAUACAUGUUGCUGCUAAAAAUGGCUCCGUCAAAGUUCUAAAGGUUUUACUAUCUAAUGACCUUACUCAAUCUCAAAUCAAGUGUGAUAUUAACUGCACUGAUACUUACAAACGUACUGCACUAUAUAUUGCCAGUAAAGAAGGGCAUGCACCAGUAGUUAAAUUACUUUUGGAACAUGGAGCUGAUAUUGACAACUUUGCUGAUGCAUAUAGUCGUACAGCACUUCAUAUUGCCUGUGAAGUGGGACAUGUACAAGUAGUUGAGCUACUACUUGAGUAUACAACUAAAAUCAAUCUCUCUGAUGAUUUUAAACGUACAGCACUUCAUAUUGCUUCAGACAAAGGAUAUGCACGAGAAGUUGAACUACUACUGGAGCAUGGAGCUGAUAUCAGACUUAAUGAUGAUGAUGAACAUACAGCAAUUUAUAUUGCUUGUGAGAAAGGGCAUGCACAAAUAGUUGAACUUCUGCUACAACGUGGAGCUGAUAUCAAGCCCAUUGAUGUUACUUAUAACAAAGAAAUGUUGUAUGCCAGACUCCUUCAUAUUGCCUGUAAAAAUGGCCAUGCAAAAGUUGUUGAACUACUACUAAUGUUUGGUGCUGAUAUCACUAAUUGUGAUGAAAAUGGUCUUAAUCCCCUUGACACUGCUGUAGAAGAAGGAAAAUUAGAUGUUGCAAUGGCUAUAGUAAAUAGUACAAAGUGGAAGGAUGCAUUACGUAGUAUUGUAAUGAAUAGAAGCAGAGAUGAAAGAAGAAAUAGAAUUAUGAAACUAUUGUGUUACAAUAAGACUGAACCAGAAUUUACAACACCAAUGAGAAGGAUUAUCAAUAAGAUGCCAGAUGUAGCAAAAAUUAUUUUCGAUCGCUGCUGUAAGACAGAAGCAUCACCAGAUCAUCCUGAUUACAAAAUUACUUUUAACUUUGAGUUUUUGGAAGAUUUUGAUCUUGAUGUGAAUCAUGAGAGUACAAAAUGGCCUCCACAAUUUGAUUACUCUAGUCAGAAUCAUUGUCUUAAUAUUCUUGCUAAUUCACGUAGUGCAGACUUACUGAAGCAUCCACUUGCUAGGACACUUCUUAAUCUAAAGUGGAAUAAAUAUGGAAAAAUAUUCUAUUACACUAAUUUGAUGAUUUAUUUUAUUUUUGUCAUUCUACUGACAUCAUUUGCUCUCUCUCUCCGGUCACCAAAUUCAAGCAUAUGUAUGGAAGCAUUUGGAAAUGACACUAACUGCUCAGAGGAAGGUUCUGUAGACCAAAGAUACCUAUCUGUUGCUAGUGUAUUGCUGAUCAUUAUUUCUGUACUCAUGAUAUUACGUGAAGUAUUUCAAGUGAUAUUGUUGAGACUACAGUAUUUGAUGGGUUUUGUCAACUUCAUUGAAGUGCCACUAUUCAUCUUUACAAUAAUGUUUGCAUCUGUAGGUGGAAACCACUGCUAUUGUACUCAUUCAUGGCAGUGGCAGAUUGGAGUAAUAGCAGUAUUCCUUGGUUGGAUUGCACUUAUAUUCUCCAUAAGGAAGCUACCAAAAUUUGGAAUAUAUGUAGUAAUGUUUAUUGAAAUAUUCAAAAACUUUAUGAAGGUUGUCAUUCUUGCCUUGCUGUUGAUAUUUGCCUUUGCAUUUCCUCUUUAUAUGAUGUUUCAUGAUCCCCAACUAGAUCAGAAGGAAGUUGAAUUCAUACUACCAAUGGAAGAAUUUCUAAAAAAAAUUGUAGCAAAAUAUAUUGUCAUUAAACAAGAACAAACAAUGUACCCAAACAAGUCAGGAGUCUUGAAGCAGCUGAUUGGUUAUAUUUUUGAAUCAAAGACUGAAGGAUCUGAGCCUCCUCCAGCAACUAUAGCUGAUGUUAAUACUCAGAUCAAACCAUUAUCAGGAGAAAUGAAGGACUUACGCACUUCAGUAUCUCAGGAAGUUAAGAAGUUACACAGUUCAGUAUCUCAGGAAGUGAAGGAGUUACGCAGUUCAGUGGAUCAUUUGUUAGCAAUUGUUGAAAGUAUGAGGAAUGAAAGAGCAAGAGAACUGAGCAGUGAAACUAUUGGAAUAAGAGGAAGCAUUGGAGCAAAAGAUAGAGCAAAAAUUGAAGAAGAACAGGGAGAUUUUUAA